AUGAAUUUAAAUAGUUCAAAAUGGGUCUCAGCUUUGCAUAAAGCUUCACUUGGUCUAAAUACAUUUCAAAAUUGCGUAUGCUUAGCUGAUCUUCAAGGUGAUGGAGAAUACAAAUUAAUAAUCUGUGAUUUUGGCACCGAAAAAUAUCAAAUUAAACUGAAAGUAUUCCGAGCUGUACAACUUAUUGAUGAAAACACUCUCAGUGAUUUACCAGCUUCAUUGGUAUCAUUUUAUAAUGAUUAUGCACAACCAAGCAAGCCAUCUUUGGCUAUAGCAUGUGGUUCUGCUAUUUUAAUUUACAAAAAUUUGAAGCCAUUUUAUAAGUUCAUACCACCAUCAUUAGCUGUUAACAAUGACGAAGUUGAAGCUUGGAGGCACGUUGAAGCUGGGCAUAUUGAUACAGCACAGUUCCAUGCUGUGCUGGUAAAACUGCUUCUAAAGUUUGGCAUCUUAGAACUAACGAGUCGUUCACAAACAUUUCUUAGCAGCAGUGAUGAUCGAGAAAGUGUACUUCAGCAGUGUUUCGAGAGUAAAUUAGUACGUGAAAGCACAAUUACUUGUAUGACUACUAUGAAGCGUUCAACAGCAGAACUUACUGCUAUCGACUGUAUUAUUUUUGGUACUGAAUAUGGUUUUGUAUAUGUCAUUGAAACUCAAGCAUUCACGAUUUUGACGCAGUGUAAAAUUCAAGGAAUUCCUGUAUUUUUAUAUGCUGCAGGUAUAUAUGAAGUAGAUUAUCGAAUAUUUGUAAGCACUCGAAAUGCCGAAAUUUUCAGUAUCAAAAGAGAAAUGAAAGUGGUACACAAUGCAAUAAUCACAAUGAAGGCAGAUAUCAUUGGAAUGGUGCGUGUUGGCAAACAGUUAGUGGUAGCUUGUAACGAUGGGACAAUAUCAUUUUAUACUGCAAAGGGCAGACGACAAAGUCAAAUAAAAUUAACCAAAAUAAUCAAAGGAAUUGAUACUUUCAUUUACGAACCUAACCAGAGCGUGGCGUUAUUAGUAGCUCUUGAAAAAGAAAUUAGAAUUUAUUCCGAAACAACAUUAGUCGACCAACAAAAAGUCGAUAAAUCUGUAAGUUGGAUCAAAUUUGGACAUUUUGGUCGGGAAGAAGGAGCAUUAAUUAUUGGAACAAUAGAUGGUGGUCUGAUAGUGAAGCUCUUCCGUCGAACAGCCAAAUUUGAUGGCGCAUUAGGAGAAAAUAGUUUACCUCAAACACAACAUUGUAAAUUAAAUAUUCCGCGCAGAACAAGGAUCUACUUAGAUCAAGCAACGCGUGAACGUGAACAAGCAAGACUUAUGCACCAAAUCUUCCAGCGGGAUUUGUUUAUGUUACGCUUGGCAACAACUAAAGCAUUUGCAAAUUUAACCCAAAAAUCGUUAAAUUCAAUAUUGAUCAAAAAGAAUGAAGCGGUUGAAAUGACAGUUGAUAUCAAUGGUUUUGGGCCUAUCUUUAGAUUAUGUGCCAAACUUUCGACGUCAUCGCAGUCCCCAAUUCAGCAUCUUGAUCUGAUCUUUUAUUAUAAUCAGGAAUUGUACCAGUUCGAAGAUUCACUUAUUGCCCUGCCUAAACUGGUACCGGGGCAGACUUAUUCACAUCACACAACUAUAUAUUGCUUAAAUCCACAACAAGGAAUAUCAGAUGAUGUUAGAAUAGUUUUAAUUAACAAAAAUAAAGUAAUUGUUGCUGUUGUAAUUUCUAUGCCUAUUAGUGAAAUUAGCAUAUUAGAUUAG